AUGACAGGUAUCCUUCCUGCUUACACCCCAGGUAUCCUUCCUGGUUACACCCCAGGUAUCCUUCCUGGUUACACCCCAGGUAUCCUUCCUGCUUACACCCCAGGUAUCCUUCCUGGUUACACCCCAGGUGUUCUUCCUGGUUACACCCCAGGUAUCCUUCCUGGUUACACCCCAGGUAUCCUUCCUGGUUACACCCCAGGUAUCCUUCCUGCUUACACCCCAGGUAUCCUUCCUGGUUACACCCCAGGUAUCCUUCUUGGUGACACCACAGGUAUCCUUCCUGGUUACACCCCAGGUAUCCUUCCUGGUUACACCACAGGUAUCCUUCCUGGUUACACCACAGGUAUCCUUCCUGGUUACACCACAGGUAUCCUGCCUGGUUACACCCCAGGUAUCCUUCCUGGUUACACCACAGGUAUCCUUCCUGGUUACACCCCAGGUAUCCUUCCUGGUUACACCCCAGGUAUCCUUCCUGGUUACACCAAAGGUAUCCUGCCUGGUUACACCCCAGGUAUCCUUCCUGCUUACACCCCAGGUAUCCUUCCUGGUUACAUCCCAGGUAUCCUGCCUGGUUACACCCCAGGUAUCCUUCCUGGUUACACCCCAGGUAUCCUUCCUGCUUACACCCCAGGUAUCCUGCCUGGUUACACCACAGGUAUCCUUCCUGGUUACACCCCAGGUAUCCUUCCUAGUUACACCCCAGGUGUUCUUCCUGGUUACACCACAGGUAUCCUGCCUGGUUACAAAACAGGUAUCCUUCUUGGUUACACCCCAGGUAUCCUUCCUGCUUACACCCCAGGUAUCCUGCCUGGUUACACCACAGGUAUCCUUCCUGGUUACACCACAGGUAUCCUUCCUGGUUACACCACAUGUAUCCUUCCUGGUUACACCACAGGUAUCCUGCCUGGUUACAAAACAGGUAUCCUUCUUGGUUACACCCCAGGUAUCCUUCCUGGUUACACCCCAGGUAUCAUGCCUGGUUACACCACAGGUAUCCUUCCUGGUUACACCCCAGGUAUCCUUCCUGGUUACACCCCAGGUGUUCUUCCUGGUUACACCACAGGUAUCCUUCCUGGUUACACCACAGGUAUCCUGCCUGGUUACAAAACAGGUAUCCUUCUUGGUUACACCACAGGUGUCCUUCCUGGUUACACCACAGGUAUCCUUACUGGUUACACCACAGGUAUACUCCCUGGUUACACCACAGGUAUCCUUCCUGGUUACACCACAGGUAUCCUGCCUGGUUACAAAACAGGUAUCCUUCUUGGUUACACCACAGGUGUCCUUCCUGGUUACACCACAGGUAUCCUUACUGGUUACACCACAGGUAUACUCCCUGGUUACACCACAGGUAUCCUUCCUGGUUACACCACAGGUAUCCUGCCUGGUUACAAAACAGGUAUCCUUCUUGGUUACACCACAGGUAUCCUUCCUGGUUACACCCCAGGUAUCCUUCCUGGUUACACCCCAGGUAUCCUUCCUGGUUACACCACAGGUAUCCUUCCUGGUUACACCACAGGUAUUCUUCCUGGUUACACCACAGGUAUCCUUCCUGGUUACACCACAGGUGUCCUUCCUGGUUACACCACAGGUAUCCUUCCUGGUUACACCACAGGUAUCCUUCCUGGUUACACCACAGGUAUCCUUCCUGGUUACACCACAGGUAUCCUUCCUGGUUACACCACAGGUAUCCUGCCUGGUUACACCACAGGUAUCCUUACUGGUUACACCAUAGGUAUCCUUCCUGGUUACACCACAGGUAUCCUUCCUGGUUACACCACAGGUAUCCUGCCUGGUUACACCACAGGUAUCCUUCCUGGUUACACCCCAGGUAUCCUUCCUGGUUACACCAUAGGUAUCCUUCCUGGUUACACCACAGGUAUCCUUCCUGGUUACACCACAGGUAUCCUGCCUGGUUACACCACAGGUAUCCUUCCUGGUUACACCACAGGUAUACUCCCUGGUUACACCACAGGUAUCCUUCCUGGUUACACCACAGGUAACCUUCCUGGUGACAUCACAG